CGGCGGUGAAACAAUGAAGGACUCAUGACAGCUCACUCAGGGCGGGAUAUUUAUAACGAUCCAGUAGGCUAACCACUUCCUUCAGCCAGAUCUCAGCUCAGAGUUGAAGGUAAGGUCACGAUGCCACAGUGAUGCAGCUUCAGAGUCUGAGGAGAGUGUCAGACCAGAAGUCUAUAUUUACACUGAAGGACAGGGUCCAAUGAAAUCACUUCCUGUGUAAAAUUAGCAGUGUUAAAAUGAAUCAUAUCAUAAUCAUCACCUGAAAGACCACAGCUCAUCUGUGAAGACGUACUGCAAGACACAAAAACAAAAGAAAUGGAAUUUACUGGAGAGUACUUUAAUGAAAAUGCUAAUCACAGAAAUUGUAUUGACACAGUUAGACCUCGAACACACUGCCAAGAUGAAGGAAGAGCUCGAAAUCACAGAGGAAGGCGGUUUUUGGUGCCAAUCACUGUGAGUCUUGGGAUCAUUUGUCUUCUUCUGAUUGCUGCCAUCAUACUGCAGCACUUUCUGCCCACUACUAAGCGAGGAUAUCUGUGGGGUCCAGAUGGCUUGUUCAUGUCCAGUGAGUUAAAGAGCUGGUCUGACAGCAGACAGUACUGCAGGGAGCGUGGAGCUGAUCUGGUCAUUAUCAACACUGAAGAGAAGCAGAGACACAUAUCUUCAUUCAUCAAGGAGAGAGUGUGGAUUGGUUUGUCUGACAGAGAGAACGAGGGCAUCAUGAAAUGGGUGGAUAAUUCCCCUCUGAAACAAGGGUUUUGGGCCACGGGUCAGCCGGAUAAUUAUCAAGAAAGGAAUGAGGACUGUAUUGAACUGAUGCCUUCAGAUGCCGUCCUGGAGAACUGGGAUGAUCGCCCAUGCCUUGAAAAUAAAAGGGGGAUUUGUGAGAAAUAGGGUUCAUCAUUGUCUUGUUUUUUCAUGCUUUUACAUUCCUCCAUUAAAGCAACUGAUAGUACAUCCAUAUUCUGCUGUUAUCAUGUUUCUCAUCUGUUGCUCUGAAGUGUUGAGGUGAAAGUCUAAAGUGCCCCAGACGGCAAUAAUACACACUUUUACUCUGAUAUUGAGUGUCUGUAAAACUGCUUCUGAUUUUAAUUGCUUCCUGUUUUAAUCAAAUGGUCAAUUGACAGUAUAAUCAAAGCAAUUUUGGUUUCAUUUCUUGUGUAUCUGCUUUGUUGCUUUAUGGAGAGUUUUCCUCCAGUCCAGCAGGAAGCAGCAGAGAGCAGAGCAGACAGUUAAAAUAUUCUAUAGUUUCUGGAAAGCAGUACUAAAAGGAAAAAAAAAAUCUUUAAACAAAAAAUAAGAAUAAUUUACUCAUCACCAUCCUGUUAAAAAGUUUGCAGCCCCUGUCUGUCAUGUUCAGUUUUGGUUUCAGUUUCAUUUCCAUGGACUUUUAGUUUGUAUCGCCUUAUUUUACUGUUUUGUUCCUGUUUCCUUUCUUCCCACUGCUUAUAUUUUGUUAUGGUUACUGAUAUCUGUUUCUUGUCUGGCUCUCCUUCUAUUUAUAACUUUAUUGCCUAUGUUUAUUAAAGAUUGACUGCUACAUUUA